ACUAUGGUGACAAGUUUUUAUUUGACGUUUCGUCUGCAAAUUGUUUAUUUACAUUAACCUGUUUGACAACAUAACUUACUUAGUUCGUGAUUUAACUUAUCCGACAGUUUGAUUUAUAGAAUACAAUGAAUAAGUUGGAAUUAGAAGGCACAGCACAUUUGCUCGAUGAACUAGACAAGAAAUUGAUGGUUCUUUUGAGAGAUGGCAGAACCUUGAUUGGAUACCUGAGGAGCGUUGAUCAGUUCGCGAAUUUAGUGUUGCAUAGAACAAUCGAAAGAAUACAUGUGGGUAAAGAAUAUGGUGAUAUUCCUAGAGGAGUAUUCAUUGUGCGCGGAGAAAAUGUCGUUCUGCUCGGUGAAAUUGAUGAACAAAAAGAGGCCGGUUUACCGUUAACAGAAGUCUCGGUGGACGAUAUUUUGGAUGCUCAGAGGAAGGAGCAGGAGGGAAAACAGGAGCAACAGAAGUUACUUUCAAAUGCGCUCAAAGAGAGAGGCGUACACAUGCUUCACGAUCUGACACACGACGAUAUGUUUUAAGAGAUUACUAUUUAUUGCUGUUUUUACCGAUGUAUAAAUAACAUUAUCGUUUCAUUUUU